AUGACAGUGCACAAAUACAACGGCUUCAUCAUUGCAAGGAAACACCACAAAACGGCGGGCAAGGUUGGUAGCCCUGAUGGCAUGGCGUGCCCCGGGGCCAUUACGGAAAAGUGGCCUGACGUAGAUAUAUACACUGUUAAGCUCUCUUACACCCCCACAGUCCCACACCCCGAUUUCAACACCAAAACACAAUCCCCUUUCCACAUACAUGCAACUUUUAUUUCUCCUUAUUUUAUCCCACCAAUAUUCAACCCCCACACAAUCACAACCCCCACCCAACCACAAUCCCCACACAACCACAACCCCCACACAACCACAACCUCCACACCCACACCUAACACCCACACAAUCUCAACGCCCACACACAUCCACACAAUCGCCACAACUCCACACUCCCCGUCUAUAACUCCACCCACAACCCCAUACUACUCCCCACAACUCUCUACACCCCCACACUACGCCCACACAGCCCACACGCCACCCCCAUCGUGUCCAAAUCUGGGUACACUUGAAAGACACAGACCUUAUUCCUCGAGGCGCAAGAAGCCAAGUCUAACCAACAACGUGUUACCGCAUAACCCCGACGAGGCAUGA